UUUAUGCACUGAAAAAAAUCUUCUAAUGGAAAUAAAGCAAGAAGCAUCUGACAUGGAUUUUACCACUGAAGGCAGGCUGAGAACACGGUGUCUGCUGCUGUCACUUCUGCUCCUGGCAGCCUGGGAGGCAGGGAGCGGCCAGCUCCACUACUCCGUCCCGGAGGAAGCCAAACACGGAACCUUCGUGGGCCGCAUCGCUCAGGACCUGGGUCUAGAGCUGGCGGAGCUGGUGCCCCGCCUGUUCAGGGUGACGUCCAAGGAUCGCGGGGACCUUCUGGAGGUAAAUCUGCAGAAUGGCAUUUUGUUUGUGAAUUCUCGGAUCGACCGGGAGGCGUUGUGCGGGCGGAGCGCGGAGUGUAGCAUCCACCUGGAGGUGAUCGUGGACCGGCCGCUGCAGGUUUUCCACGUGGAGGUGGAGGUGAAGGAUAUUAAUGAUAACCCUCCUGUCUUCUCUGUAAAGGAGCAAAGAAUUUUAAUUUAUGAAUCCAGGCUGCCAGAUUCUUUGUUUCCACUAGAGGGCGCAUCAGAUGCUGAUGUUGGAUCAAAUUCUAUCUUAAUCUAUAAACUCAGUCCCAGCGAAUACUUUGGGCUAGAUGUGAAAACAAACAGUGAUGGUAACAAACAAAUUGGACUAUCGUUGAAAAAAUCCUUGGACAGAGAGGAUGCUCCUGAGCAUAAGCUGCUGCUAACAGCCACAGAUGGAGGCAAACCUGAGCUCACAGGCUCUGUUCAGCUGCUGGUCACUGUGCUGGAUGUGAACGAUAACGCCCCUACUUUCCAGCAGUCUGAGUAUGAAGUGAGAAUAUUGGAAAACUCACACAACGGAACGACGGUUAUUAGACUGAACGCUUCUGACAGGGACGAAGGAACUAAUUCAGCAAUUUCCUACUCUUUUAAUAAACUGGUCUCGCCCAUGGUUCUUGAGCAGUUUAGCAUAGAUACAGAUACAGGAGAGAUCAUAAUCCACGGGAACUUGGAUUUUGAACAAGUCAGUGUCUACAAAAUCCGCGUUGACGCGACGGACAAAGGACACCCUCCGAUGGCGGGUCAUUGCACUGUUCUAGUGAAGGUUUUGGAUGAAAAUGACAAUGUGCCUCAGAUCACAUUGACUUCCUUAUCGCUGCCUGUUCGAGAGGACGCUGCACUGGGUACUGUCAUUGCUCUAAUUAGCGUUUCGGACCUGGACUCCGGAGCUAACGGGCAGGUGACCUGUUCCUUGACCGCUCAUGUCCCCUUCAAGUUGGUGUCCACCUUCAAGAAUUACUAUUCGCUCGUGCUGGACAGCGCCCUGGACAGAGAGACCACACCUGACUAUAAAUUGGUGGUGACAGCCCAGGACGGAGGCUCGCCCUCGCUGUGGGCCACAGCCAGCGUGUCUGUAGAGGUCGCUGACGUGAAUGACAACGCGCCCGCAUUUCCGCAGUCCGAAUACACAGUGUUCGUGAAGGAGAACAACCCGCCUGGCACGCACAUCUUCACGGUGUCGGCCACAGACGCGGAUGCGCAGGAGAACGCGCUGGUGUCCUACUCGCUGGUGGAGAGGCGGGUGGGCGAGCGCUCGCUGUCGAGCUUCGUGUCUGUGCACGCGGAGAGCGGCAAGGUGUUCGCCCUGCAGCCUCUGGACCAUGAGGAGCUGGAGCUGCUGCAGUUCCAGGUGAGCGCGCGGGAUGCUGGUGUGCCUUCCCUGGGCAGCAAUGUGACUCUGCAGGUGUUUGUGCUGGAUGAGAAUGACAACGCACCCACGCUGCUAGGACCUUGGUCGCAAGGAUCCGGUAGUGUAGUGAGCGAGCUUGUGUCCCCCUCAGUGGUUCCCGGCCAAGUUGUCACUAAGGUGCGCGCGGUAGAUGCGGAUUCUGGCUACAAUGCGUGGCUGUCUUACGAACUGCAUCCUUUAACGGGUGGAACGCGGAGCCUGUUCCGGGUUGGUCUGUACACAGGCGAGAUAAGUACUACACGUACCCUGGAGGAGGCGGAUGGACCACGUCAUCGCCUAUUAGUGCUGGUGAAGGACCAUGGGGAGCCUGCGCAGACGGUCACUGCCACUGUGUUAGUAUCUCUGGUUGAGAACAGCCAAACUCCAAAAGCCUCUUCGCGGGCGUCAGGCUCCACUGGCCGGGAAAUUUCUUUAGUGAACGUCAAUGUGUACUUGAUCAUUGCUAUCUGCGCGGUGUCCAGCCUGCUAGUUCUAACUCUCAUGAUAUACACUGCACUUCGGUGCUCAGUGCCGCCCACAGAGGGCGUGUGCGGGUCUGGGAAGCCCGUGCUGGUGUGUUCCAGCGCGGUGGGAACCUGGUCAUACUCACAGCAGAGGAGACAGAGGUGUGCUCUGGAGAGGGACCACCCAAAACCGACCUCAUGGCCUUUAGCCCGGGUCUUCCUCCUUGUCCGGUAG